AUGGAAUCACUGCGUCUCCGGCCAGUGUUAACCUUCACGUUCCCUGAGAACCCUCCUAGAGAGAAGACCUUGGGCGGUUUCGUUAUCCCCAAGCACACCACCAUUAUUGUUGACGCCUUCGCAAUCAAUAUACGCAACCCAUUUUGGGCCCCUGAUAAUCGCUCAUACCGUCCUAGCAGGUUUGCAACUAUCAAGCAAAGCCAGCUUCGCUACAACCUAGCAACAUAUGGGUAUGGUCCGAGGAAGUGCCUUGGGCAGCAUAUUGCCGAUAAGAUCAUCAAAUCUGUUGUAUACCACCUGUUCAGCAGGUAUAAAGUCUCGCUAGAACCAAUGCAGGCGCUCGACGGAGAAUUCAAAGUUGACAAGACAAGCUGGGUAGGACUGUAUGAUGUCAAUCUAAAGUUGAAACCGAGGGUAAGGGGAGUGGUAUAG